AGGUGAGGACUGAAGAGUCAGAGCAGCAGCUCAGUCUGAGCUGAUCCUCAGAGACAUGAAGGCGACUGAUCUGCUCUCAGUUUGUCUGCUUCUUCUUCAGACAGCUGGAUUCAGUCUGAAACCGUCAAACACAACAGAUCACAACAACAACAACAACAACAACAACCACCACACAGCUGCUGCUGCAGAGUUGAACCUGAAUGUGACGAUAAAUGGAAGUUUCUCUGGACACUUUGGCUUCAGUGACCUGGCCGGGGUCCGGCCCUUCAUUCCAGAGCAGGAGAUGGAGUCCAGGAUCAUCGGGGGUCAGGAGGCCUGGGCUCACUCGUGGCCCUGGCAGGUUUCUCUUCGUUUCGCCACCAUGCCGGCCUGUGGGGGCGCCAUCAUCAGCCCGCUGUGGGUCAUCUCUGCUGCUCACUGCUUCAAAAGAUACAACAAAGCUUCUUUCUGGACGGUUCUGGCUGGAAAACACGACCUGGAUAAUCCUCAUGAGGCAGGACAACAGGAGGUUGGAGUCUCAAUGAUCAUCAACCACUAUGGCUACAACACUCGGACUAAAGAGAGUGACAUGGCUCUGCUGAAGCUGCAGCGACCUGUGGUCUUCAACCAGUUCGUCAGACCCAUCGACCUCUGGAUGACUCCACUGCCUGUCCACAGGAAGUGCACCAUCACCGGCUGGGGCUCCACCCGAGAGAAUGGUCCUCGAGUGAACAGACUGCAGGAGGUGAAUGUGACCAUCCUGCCCCCUGACGUCUGUAACCAGUACUACCUCGGGAGGAUCAGGUCCUCCAUGUUCUGUGCUGGGAAGGACGGGGGAGGAGCUGAUGCUUGUCAGGGGGACUCCGGAGGUCCUCUGUCCUGCUUCACCGGCAGCAGGUACGAGCUGGCAGGUCUGGUGAGCUGGGGAGUCGGCUGUGGACGAGCCAGAAGACCAGGUGUCUACACCAAACUCCAGCAACACACUCCGUGGAUCUACGACGUCAUGAGUGAUCAGAACAGAGUUUACACAGACGACCUCACUAACAAAGAGGACAGGUGUGGUGAGCAGCAGAGCUCCAGCUGUGAUCACGCUCCGGGCCUCGUUGGUCUCUCUGUGUCCCAGGACGGUGAGGUGUCAGUGGAGAACGUGACGGAGUCCUGCCCCUUCUUCUGGCCCUGGCAGGUCAGUCUCCAGUCCAACGGACGCCAUUACUGCAGCGGAGUGCUCAUCCACCGCCGCUGGGUCAUCACCGCCAAACACUGUAACGUCAGAGCUAAAGAGGACGUUGUGGCUCUGGGAGUCCACGAUCUCCGGUUCUCCUCGUCUCAAACCGUCCCUGUGGAUGAAGUCUUCAACCUGCCGCAGGACGGCAGCUUCCCGCCAAAAUCUGACCUGUCUCUGGUCUGCCUCAGCGUUCCUGCCAGAUUCAGCUCUCAGGUGUCUCCAGUUUGUGUCCUUGAUGAAGACGAGGAGCUCGACAACAGCUGGCACUGCGUCACGACCGGGUGGGGGUCUGUGAAAACCACAGGUGACCUCAGUGUUUCUACAUGUACAGGUGGAGACAGGUGGAGCUGA